GCGGGCUUCACACAGAGAGGAAGCUGGGUUUUCCUCUUUUGUGCAUCUGCAGUUGAAGAGAGGAAGUUUUGUGUGUGUGUGUGCGUGUCUGUGUGGUUGUGUGUGGGUGUCUGUUCACAUGCUGCUUGUCCAGAGCUCAGCCGACGCUCCGAGGACGAGACCUCUGAGCUCUGAUGGACCUCUACCAGGAGGCCGUGCUUUAUCUAGAGACACAGGAUGUACCAGUGGAGACUGGUGCUGCAAUGGAGACCGGUGUCCUGGAGGAGGAUGUGCCCCUGGAGGAGCUGGUGUCUCCUCUCCUUUCACAAAGUAUGGACUUCCCCGCCAUCCCUAAGUCGUGCAGCCCGGAGGAAAUGUUGGAGAGGAGGCUCGUGGUCCUGAAAGGCAUCGUGGAGUGUGAGGAGGUGUAUCUGAGCGAGCUGGAGGCCCUGCUGAUGCCCAUGAAGGCUCUGCGGGCCUCGGCUGGGACGUCCCAGCCGGUUCUGUCCAGUCAGCAGGUCCAGACGGUUUUCUACCAGGUGCCCGAGCUCAGAGACCUGCACCAGAGCUUCUACUCCGCUCUGAAGGGCCGGCUGAGCGAGACCAGCCACAUGGGCUCCGAGCUCGCGGUGGGCGACCUGUUUCUGAAAUUGGUGAACCAGAUCGGUCUGUACGGGGGCUUCAUAGAAAACUAUGAGGAGGCCGUGGCAAUCGUGGGAAAGUGCACACAGUCGGACCCUCGCUUCCGAACUCUGGCCGAGAGAAUGAUGUCCAACAACACUGCAGACAAAGCUCGCGCCAAGUACACAUUUGAAGCUCUACUGUAUAAACCUUUGGACAGAGUCACUAGGACCACACUUGUGCUGCAUGACCUCCUGAAAACGACGCCAGCGGACCAUACAGAUCACGUGGCUCUACAGGAAGCUCUGAGGCUGUCCCGCGGCUUCCUGUCCGGCGUCAACGAGAGUUCACAGUCCAAACGAGAGGUCAUGCUCAGUCAUGGCUUGAGACGUCAGCUGAUGCGUGAUGGCUUCGUGGUGGACGUGAGCGAGGGCGAACGCAGCCUGCGUCACCUCUUCCUCUACACGGACCUCCUGCUGUGCACCAGGUUCAAACAGGCGACCAGAGGGAAGCAGGACCAGUACAGGUUCUGCUGGUAUCUUCCUCUCGCUGGUCUCAAACUGGGCUGGUCCUCAGACCAUGAACCGGACACGCGCCUGCAAGCCACAAGAACCAAGAUGUUCCUCCUCCGGCAGCAGCUGCAGCAACAAGCAGGAUCCAGAGGCCUGAUGGUGGCGGCUCGCACCCGGAAGAAACUGGAGCAAACGGAGCUGAUGCUGCUCACACAGUCGCCUCUUUUCAGACUGGAGCUGCACAGCCCCAGUGGAAAGAGUCACACUCUCCUCCUCCCCUCCUUGUACGAGCUCGAAGAAUGGAGAGAAGCCGUUCAUAAGCUCACCACACAGAACAUAGAAACGGUCCCUCCAGACCUGCUCACUCUCACCUGCACAUGUGUGAAACUGAGGAUGACCCAGCAGCCGCCGCUACAAUCCUCCAACCCCGUAGAGAACGAGGCCUCGUUGUGUGGGACUCUGAGCGUCGCGGUUCACUCUGCCUGUGGUCUGCAGCAGCCGGCCUGUGUGUAUGUGUGUUUGGAAGUGGACGGCUAUGAGUUUUAUGAUAAACAGGCCCAGACGCACUCUUCAGUCCACAGCAUCAACCCACAGUGGGACCAGGAGCUGUCCCUCCAGGUGGACGGGGCUCAGAACCUCAGGGUGGUCUGUGUGAGUCAGUCUGACGGACACGAGGACGCUGUCCUGGGAAAAACUGCUCUCAGGCUGGAGUCUAAAUCCCUGAGUAAGCGAUGGAGGAGACAGACGCUGCAGCUCGGCCCAGUGGAGGUGACCUUGUCCCUGAGGUACAGUCCCCACCCGCUGGAGCCGCCCAGCUCCACGGCCCCACAGCUCCCCAUCUUCUGCGUCCCCAUUGAAACCGUGGCUCAACAGGAGGGGGCGCUGGUUCCCCUUGUGGUGCGGUGCUGUGUGGAGGAGGUGGAGCGGAGGGGCCUGGCCGAGGUGGGAAUCUACAGGAUUUCAGGGAGCGCCAGUGAAAUCAACACGCUCAGGGCUGCGUUUGACAGCAAUCUGCGUGAGGCUGUGACCAGGCUGAGGAGCCUCGAGGUGAACGUCGUCUCCGGGGUUCUCAAGCUCUACCUGAGAGAGCUGCCGGAGUCGCUCAUCCCCUCGGAGCUGUUCCACAGUCUGGCCAGGACGCUGGACAUCCAGGACAUGAACACGCGACUCGUCUCCAUGCUGUCCCUCCUCCAGUCCUGUCCCGACACCAAACGCUGCACCUUCCUCUACCUCAUGCACCACCUGCAACGAGUGUCUGAGAGGCAACACGUCAACAAGAUGACUCUGCUGAACCUGGCCACAGUGUUCGGUCCCAGCCUGCUACGCCCCCCUGUGGCCGUGAAUAUCUCCCAAGAGGUGGUGGUGCAGGUCCAGGUGGUAUACUGCUACCUGCAGUGCAAUAACCUCCCUGAAGCCCAGAUCUCGAUGCCACAUGACCCUGAAGAGGAUGAGGAGACCACCCACACGUGAGACCACCCUCCAUGUCCCGGCCGACAGGAAAAUCCAAAUUGCCUCCUCAGACAGCAGAUGGACUCUGGCAGCUCGGAGUAACGUGACGCUGAAAUGUGGUUGAGGAAAAAUCAGGGGCGCAGAUGUUGUAUAAAAGGUCAGAGGUCGCCUCCCUGAGCCUGAAAUCCAAUCAGUUACGGUUCAAAUCCAACUAGACGGAGUUCAACACGAAGUGUACGCCCCAUAAAAUCCCUGCACACACACAGUGAGUUGAAAACCAACACACACGGCCCGUGGUCGACCCAUCCACACCACACAUGGGAGCCUUAUUUCAACCUCGCCACCUGGGCAGGCCGGGCUAGUGUUACCCCCCCAACCUUUUUACCCCAAAACCCCCCUCAGUCGUUUGAUCGCUAAUCCUGGACCCCCAGUCCAGCCCUGCCCUCCCAUUGCUAACCCACUGUAUGUGGAUGCCAUAACAACAUCCAGAACAGGUCUCAAACUGGAAGGAGGAGGUGGGAUCAGCCUGUUGCCCCGCGGCGUCGUAAAUCACCUGUCCCCUCCGACACGAUGGCUGCCAAAAUACGGUUCCGCUCGACGACUACAAAGACAGAAUGAGGUUCCCAUUGCAGACUACAAAGCCGAGGAAGGCCGGAGCCGUUUGUGACUGAGGACUGGAACAGACGACUGGUCGACACCUGGGACUGGUGGGAAAGUUUUUAUGGGAGAAGUCGGAUUCUGGUCCGGUGACCGCACGAGUUCCACAGGCAGAUUUACAUUUCCCAUCACCUCAUCAAAGAUAUUCGAGAGGAACUUCACAAAUACUUACCUUCUUACUGGUAGGCAUUUGCAUGAGGCCAUUUUUACGUAACAUUACCUUUUUUGUCUUGUCUGGGAGUUUUUGAAUUACAUCUCCUUAGUUUUAAGAAAAACUUUUCCCUCAGUUUCACUAAUAAUGAAACAUGAAACAUCUUAGACAAACCAUCAAGGGCCUUUGACAAAUGCAUUUCCCUCAAGUUAUAAUUUUCCAGUUAUGUUUCUACAUAGAAUAGAUUUUUCCAAAGAUUGAUCUCAUGGAUUAUGCAAAUAUUUGCCAUCAGUUUUAUUGAAGAUUGUUAACACAUGUGUUUUUAAAUUUUAGACAACUGUAUGCAAACAGACAUCAAUCCAUAUUAUUCCACAAGUGGAGCUGAAUUUAAUCAGUUUUUUAUUAUCUUGGAUUCUUAACUUAAGUGUAUUUUCUGCUCUAUAUUUAUAUUUUAUAUCUGCAUUUUAUUCAUGUUUUUAUAUCUAAUCUGUGCUGACUCAUCAGUAGUUUAGUCCUGCUGGGGACCAUCAAAAUAAAAGUCUGGUCAAAUUG